AUGCAUAAAUCAUUUUAUUUUCCUAAAGCGAGUCCAAUGAAUCUAAUGAGUCUAAUUGUUCAAGAACACAUUGCCUUCGUAAGCCCAGAAUUCGCCGUUUUUCUUUCCAAAACUGACGUUCUUCACUGGCUGCUGAGAUACGUUCCUGACUGUGAUCGUCGUCCUGCCGAGAAGGGUUUUGGGCCAGAAGUGCUUCCUUUUCCAAAGCUAACAAAGCACGCUUAUCCUCCCAGUACCGUCGUUCUUCAACAGCUGCUUCCAUACGAGCUCGAGCACACUCAGUUUCAGCUCGCAGAGCUUCUUUUUGAAGUUCCUCUAGUGUUUCCAGUGUUAGGUCCAGCCCCUUUGUUCUGUGGUAGUCACUGAGAGAACAAAGGGACGCCUCGAGUGAAAGGGGCGGCGGCUCUCCGUUGCUGGUCGUGUCGGCAGGGAAUGACAGGGUGGAAGGAUUCGAACAGGACGGUGCAUAGUCCAUGGGCAGCUCUCCUGACAGUGGCAACGAUAGGAGACCGACAGCAUUCUCAGCCAAACGCAACUCAAGUUCACUGUAAUCCACUCCUGAAAACCUUGGUUUCAUCUUCAAUUUGUCGGCGAUGUACUGCUGACUCGAUGACAACUUGAUUUCUCUCGAAAAUCCACCCGUACCCAGAGCAUCUUGUCUCUUAUAGCGUAGGUAUUUCUUCACUUGUCUAA